GGGGUUCCGUCUCCCGGGCGGCCAAUCGGGACGCGGCGGGGACGAGCGGGAACUCGGCGCGCGGGCGACGGCAGGGCGCCGCGAUGGGCGACCGGGAGCUGCGGCAGAUCCGGAAGAGCAAGGAGAAAGCCCAGCGGAAGGGGGACCACAAGGAAGAAGCCGCUCUCUGCAACCGGCUGGGAGAGGUCUUGGCCCGUCACGGACGCUUUCGGGAGGCUCUGGACGAGCACAGGCUGGAACUGCAACUCCUGGAGAAUGGCGAGGACCUCAUCGGCUGUGCAGUCGCCCACCGGAAAAUCGGGGAGUGCUUGGCUGAGCUGGAGAGCUAUGAAGCUGCCCUCAAGCAUCAGCGCCGCCACCUGGAACUGGCCAGCUCCGUCUCCAACGGGGUGGAGGAGCAGAGGGCGUGGGCCACCAUUGGCCGCACCUACAUGUUCAUGGCCGAGAGUGACCCGCUGGGGGAAGCCCUGCAGGAGGCUGAGAAAGCCUUCAUGAAGAGCCUGGCUGUUCUGGAGGAGAAGCUGGAAGGUCAGGUACCGCAGAGGGAGGUGAGCGAGAUGAGGGCACGGCUCUACCUGAACCUUGGCUUGAUCUAUGACAGCAUGAGAAACCCAGCCCUGCGCACCUCCUACAUCAAGAAGAGCAUCUACAUUUCAGAGCAGGCCCACCUGUCGGAAGACCUCUUCCGAGCCUACUUCAACCUGGGCAACAUCCACCUGCGGGAGAAGGAGCACUCAAAAGCCAUGCGCUGCCUGGAGCGCGCCCGGGAAUGCGCCUGCAAGAUGAAGGAGAAAUGCAUGGAGAGCGAGUGCUAUGCCAGCAUCGCCCAGGUCCUGUUGGGCCUGGGGGAUUUUGUGGGCGGUAGGCGCUCCCUGAAGAAGGCCUACCGCCUGGGCUCCUGGCAGCCCCAGCAGCGGGACAGCGUUGGCCGCAACCUCCGAUACGCCACGAAGGUGAGUCGCUUGCAAGGAGCCCUGGAGGAGGCCGAGGCCGCGGGCAACCUGGAGGCAGCGCUGGGACUCUACGAGCAACUGGGUGACCUGUUCUGCAAGAUGGGCGAGUAUCGGCGGGCUUUGGAGGCCUAUGAGAAGCAGCUCGGCCAUGCCCAGGCCUUGGGGCGUCCAGAGCAGGAGUUGGCUGUGAUUCACGUCUCUUUGGCGGCCACCUUCGGGGACCUCAAGGACCAUGCCCAGGCGGUGGAGCAUUACCAGGCAGAACUGGCCCUGCGGCGUGGGAACCCCAUGGAGGAGGGCAAAACAUGGCUGAACAUCACCCUGGCCAAGGAUGAGGCUGGCGAGACCUACCAGGAAUUGGAGACCUGUUUCCAAGCUGCUCUGCAAUGUGCCCAAAAGGCCGGUGACCCCAAACUGGAGCUUCAGAUCCUGCAGCACCUCCAAGCUUCUCAGCAGAGAUGGGGCUGCCCGCCGGCGGUCAUAGCAGAGACGUCAGCCCGGCUGCAGGCCCUCCGCGCCUCCCAGGGCUGCCCCUCAGACGGGGAGAGCAGCGAGGAAGAGGAGCUGCAGAACAGCCAGGCCUGGGAGGCCAGCGACAUGGAGCUCUCCGACAGCGAUGAAGAAGAAGACAUGGAAGGCUACAGCAAAACAGUCCCUGGACGGCGGAGGGUCAGCAAGUGGAACCAGCGGAACGACAAGGGCGAGACUCUUUUGCACCGCGCCUGCAUCGAAGGGAAUCUGCGCCAAGUCCAGUUUUUUCUGGAGAAGGAGCACCCCGUAAACCCCCGGGACUAUUGCGGAUGGACCCCCCUUCACGAGGCCUGCAAUCACGGGCAUCUGGAGAUCGUCCGCUUGCUCUUGGAUCACGGCGCCACCACUGAUGACCCAGGGGGGCCGGGCUGUGACGGCAUCACCCCGCUGCACGAUGCCCUGAAUUGCGGCCACUUUGAUGUGGCCGAGCUCCUGAUCCGUAGAGGCGCGUCAGUGUUGCUACGCAACGCCACGGGCCUGACCCCUUUGGGCACCCUCCAAGCUUGGGGGCAACUCUACGGGAAGGAUCUGGACCAGGAAACCCACGACCGCUGCAAAGCCAUGGAGAGCUUGCUUCGGAAAACCAUGGCAGAGCAAGGUUCCCGGCCCCCGCCUCCCCGCGUAGACUCCGCCAGCCAGCUCUUUGAUGCAGAGCUCUCCGAGUGCCAAGGCCCCCCUCCGAAGCCCCCCGGUGCCAGGCAGCGCCAUCAAGAGCCGGAAGAGGAGGACUGCAUGGGCCCCCUGCGGCCGGUCAAGAAGAGGCAGCGUCUGCUUGACCCGGCCCUGGCGGGGGAGGCCGGGAGGGCGCCCCCUGCAGACUAUCAAGCCGCCAUGCUUGGGCUGGGCAGCGCCCCCCUCCGCCCCCCUCCGAGCCCAGAGCGCCACAAGGGACACCCUCGGCCAGCCCUGAUCCCAGCAGACGAGUACGUGGGGGACGACUGGCUGGAGGACGACCUGGGGGCCAGCGGGGGCUCUCGCAAAAGGAGCCGCCGGAGCCCAGCCCAAGCUUGGGGGUCCGGCUCGGAGGACAGCGAAGGGGGGGCGCCCUGCCAGGCCCCCGAGACCACCACCCCCAGGAGGAGGAGGAGGAGACCUGCCCGCCAGAGUCGCCUCACCCUAGACCGGACCCUGCUGGGGAGAAGCCGAGGGGCCGGCCCCCCACCACGACCGGACUCUCCCGCUGAGCCCAGCGGCCUUCUGCAAGGAACUGACAGCAGUCCCCCUCGAGGGGGAGACAGCCCACCUUCAGGUGCCAUGCAGCUACCGUCGCCUCCUGUCCGGGUGCGAGUUCAGGUCCAGGACAGCGUUUUCCUGAUUCCGGUGCCGCAAAGUGAGGGUGAGAACCGGCCAGUCUCGUGGUUGGCCGAGCAGGCCUCCCAGCGCUACUACCAGACCUGCGGCCUCUUGCCCCGCCUGACCCUCAAGAAGGAGGGGGCUCUGCUGGCCCCUCAGGACAGCAUCCUGGACGUCCUGCAAAGCAACGAGGAGGUCUUGGCGGAAGUGCAGUCCUGGGACCUGCCCCCCCUGGUGGAGAGAUACCGCAAGGCCUGCCAGACCCUGGCGGUGGGCGAACAGCCGCUGCUGGUGAAGCUGCUGGAGCGCCAGGAGUCGGGCUCGUCCUUCAGCGUCUCCGGCACGGCCCUGCGCCAGCGGCACCUGCGCCCUCUCCUGCGGGCGCUCAAGCUGCAGGCUUCCAUCCGCCAGCUGUGCCUCUCUGGGACCGGCCUGGGGGACGAUUCGGCUGAGGAGCUGCAGGCCACCCUGAGGACCAUCCCUGGGCUGAAGCAACUGGAUCUCUCGGCCAACCGGCUGGGCCCCGACGGGCUGCACAAGUUGGCUGCAGGCCUUCCCGGGUCAUUGACCUUCCAGAACUUAGAAGAGCUGGACCUCAGCUUGAACCCCUUGGGUGACCGCAGCUCCCAGUCCCUGGCCUUGCUGGUUCAGGCCUGCCCUGUGUUGGGCACCCUUCAAUUGCAAGCCUGCGGCCUCGGCCCUAUCUUCUCGGAGCCUCACUCUCUCUUGCUGGCCGGUGCCUUGAAAGGAGCUAUGAACCUCAGGAGGCUCUCUCUGUCCCACAAUCCCUUGGGCUCCCGCGGCCUUGAGGUGCUGCUUAAAAGCCUGCCCUGCCACUCGCUCACCCAUCUGGAGUUGGGCUCCUUGGACCUCCGGGCGGGUGACCGGCCGCAGCUGAGGGACACCGUGGUUAGGUAUCUGAUGCAGGAAGGCUGCGUUCUGACCCACCUGGGAUUCUCUGGGAAUCACCUGGAUGAUGAGGAUGUGUCAGAGCUAGCGAGGAGCCUCCCCGCUUGCCUGUCCUUAGUCUCGCUGGACCUGUCGGCAAAUCCCGCCAUCAGCCUGGUUGGGCUCCGGACGCUGCUGGUCACCCUGGAGGAGCGGAAGCGAGGGCUCCGGUUCCUUAGCCUGGCCGGCUGUUCUGUCCGUGGACCCCUGGAGACCGUCACGUGGACCAAGCUCUCCUCCCUGGUGGGUCACCUGCAACUCUGUGGCCGGCAGCUAAGCAGGAGCGAUCAGCGGGACGUGGCUGAGCUGUGGCACGGCCCGGCCAACACUUCCCUUCACACCGUCACCCGUCACCACAAACUCUUCUGCCAGAGUGUGUAGUGCAGGCAUCCGUGAAGACGGGGAUCCACCAGUCAAGGACCGAUUGGGCGACACGGGCUACACGCCACUCACGCCGUCCCACUCCGGCGGAAUCUCAGUGGAACGUGUGGAAUCGCACAGCCAAAUCAAGAGGACAUACACACACACACACACAAGUUGAAGACAGGAUACAGAGGACCACAAAUCCGACUUGUGUAAUUCAGGACUUUGUGCCUGCAGAGCAAACUUGGGUGGGAGACAAAGCAUCACAUCCCUUCCGUGGACCAGGCUGCUGUUUUAAACCAAUAAUUCUUAUAAUGCUGCCCUCCUGUGUUGAACCGUCCCUUAUUUAUUAAGUGUCGCUGCUUCUCUAGCUGUAAGUAGAGCUGGGGGAGG